CUUCCCUAUGUUGGCUGCAUUAGCAUUAUUUUAUUUUCUGUGAUCAUGUGGAAAGAGGUUGUGGUUAUCCAGACUUCCUUUAUUUGUCUGGUUUGUGUUCUGUGCUAAGGACUUUUAGGGUGUUUUUACAUAUAGUUCAUUUUUAAAAACCAAACUCAGUUUAUUUAAAGUGAACCAGAAAAGCAACUAGCGGAAUGUGACGUGCCCUCAGAUUUUUGCCAACUGCUGUAUGAUAUUGGAUGAAAGAUGAUGGGUCUUUUAUUAAUGCUCUGUGUUUUUUGCUGUCCUUUGGUUCUGUCUAAAAGUGGAGAUGAUGAUACACCUGAUGGAGAUCCAGAUUGGAAUGUAACCUGUUCAUCCAGUUUGAGCUUUAGCCAGAAUAAUCUCACCUGUUAUCUGAAUGAUGAAUCCAUUGAGGGCGUCUUAAUACUUUGCUCAGAGACUGAUGAAAUAAAAUGUACAAAUCCAAGUCAGGGACCACACGGCUUCACUUUUUCCAAUUUGCAAGCUUUGGUGAAAUAUAAGCUGCAGAUAAAGCCAGGGAAUGAUGUCAUUAAAGAAAACAUCAAGCUUACAAAAAUUGUGAAAUUACCAGCUCCCCAAAUAAAGAUUGCCAAUUACAUGAAAGACUCAAAGAAAAUUUUCAUAUCAAUUCAGCAGAAUCAUGAUUUUGUUAAGACGUCUGAGUUUCAAGUGAAAGUUUUACGGGACAAACUUGUAGUCAAGAAUUUUACCACUUCAAAUAAGAAUGUCACUAUUAGCAGAGAGAUAAUCGGUGGAGAUGGUGUUUACGAUAUUUGUGUUCGAGCAAAACCUUCUGGAUAUUUUGAUGGAAUGUGGAGUGAAUGGAGCCCGAAAGCCAGUUUCACUAUUGAAAGUUCUCCAGCUACUGUCAAACCAAGACUUGACCCUCUAAUGGUCACUUACAUCAUCAUCUUUGUUUCUCUGGUGUUCAUCAUCAGUUUUGUGGCCAUACAAUGGAAAACACAUAUAAAAGGCUACAUAAAACCAAACAUACCACACCCAAAGACAACACUUGCACAAAUACACAGAGGAAAGGAGGGGUUUCCUUACAUUUUCAGCCCUGAGAUAUUCGGCGAUGUCUUCAUACACCGUGUGGAUUAUGACGAAAAGUCAUCUGCUCCGGAUCUUCAGGAAUCUCUGGAUGAACGUCGCUACAGUCAAGCGAGCUCUGCGAGUUCUCGGUCUACAGUAGUGUGUGAAUUGGACACAACCGGAGCAGAACUGCUUUCAAGAGAACAGUCGCACUUAAAAAUUAGAUUGUUAAAUGAAUCAGAUUUCUCCAACGAAAGAAGAGAAGGUGGAUCUGAAGGUGUCCUUCAACGAGAAUGUAAAGAAGAGGCUUAUGUCACAAUGUCCAGCCUCUUUAAAACACAAUGAAGAGGUGAAGACUGGAUUAAGACCAUUAAAAUCAAAGACUGACCCUUAAAAGGUCGAAGUAAGACACUUUUUACGCGUACGUGAGGUUUAUCAGAAGAUUUUUUGAAACGCUUGCGCAUGCGCCUACAGGAGAAUGUAGUACGGAGCCCAGGAGACGCGUUGUAUUUAGUCGCAAUGCGCAUGCGUCGAACGUAUGCGGGAUUUAAAGGUUAUGCUGCUUACAUGAUCAAGAUGUAACCAAGAUUGUAUAUGAUGUCAAGCAUUCAAUAACCUGAGAAGUCUGUAACAUAUGUCUAACUCUGUCAACAAAAUGUGUAAAUAUCACAGCAGUUAUCUCUCUGGAUGAAAGAUAGGCUUAGGGGUGGUUUCACGGACAGGGAUUAGACUAGACUAAAAUAAAUGUAAGAGCUGUCUAAAAUGAAAACAGCUUGCACUCCCAAAUGAAAAAAUACUAUAGUAUAUUAUAGUAAAAUUACCAUAGAAAAAUGUAGUAAAAAUACUCUAGUAAAUUCUAUAGUGUUUUUGAACCAUACUAUAGUAAAUGUAGCCUACUAAAGUAAACUGUAUUAAAAGUACUAUAGUAAUUUAUAGUAAUCUAACUAUAGAAAAUGAAGUAAAAUUACUCUAGUAAAUACUAUAGUGUUUUGAAUCAUUCUAUAAUAAAGUAAACUGUAUUAAAUACUAUAGCAAUUUAUGGUAAACUUACUAUAGGAAAUGUAAAAUUUCUCUAGUAAAUAUUUAAUAUCAUAUAGUAAACUACAAUACACUAUAGUUUCCUGUAAUAAGAACUAAAGUAUACUAUGGUACUUACUACAGUUUAUCAGUUUACUAUAGUUAAUACUACGGUAUGUGUAGUAAAUACUAUACUAUACUAUAAUUUACUACAGUUUACUAUAUAAAGUAUACUACAGUAUUUUUUCAUGUGAGCUGACAUAUCUUAAAAUACAUCAGUGCCCUUUGUUUUGCCUUAAAAUGCACACACCUAUUUUUUUAGUAAGGCAUGUUUGUCAAAACUAUAUUUCCUAAUUAAACUAAGGCCUAGUCCUGGUUUAAAAAAAACCUUUCUGGGAACCCCCCCCCCUCAGUUUAUACAUAUUAUUAUCUCCACCGUGUGAUGGACAAAUGUAAGCAUUCUAUACCACAUCCUGUAUCACUAAAUCUACUGUAUAAGUUAGCUAAAGGUAAUGUAGAGUCCACAACCCUCACAUCAUUACAAAUCUAACAAACCUCAAUUACAGCUGCUAGCCUCAGCAGCAUUGUCUGCAAUCUGUCAAUCCAUCCAUCAAUGUAGCACAUUUAUUAUAUGAAUAUAUCAGUAUGUCUUCUUAUGUAAACAACAUGUAUUAAGUGCAACAGGUAUGCAAACAGAACGUGUAAUUAAACAGAUUUUAAUAUUA